AUGAACUGGCACCAGGGCACCAGCGUCCAGCUGAGUGGGCUGGUCGUCUCCCUCUUCGGUUGGGUCUUGUCGUGCGUGACGACUUACGUGCCUCUCUGGAAGAGCCUCAACUUGGAAUUAAACGACCUGGAGAUCUGGAAUAUGGGACUGUGGCAGACCUGCAUCAGCCAGGCGGUCCUUCAGUGCGAGAACUACGCUUCCCUCCUGGCCCUGCCUUUGGAGAUCAAGAUUUCCAGGGUGCUGAUGGUGACUUCCAACGGGCUGGGCUUCCUGGCAUUCGCCUUGGCUCUUUUGGGAUCCGACUGCCUGAAGACAAGCGACCCCAGGCAGAAGAGACACUUUGGGAUUACAGGCGGAAUCCUCUUCUGCGUCUCCGGAGUGACCACUCUUGUUCCCAUCUCCUGGGUGGCCUACAACACGGUGCAAGACUUCUGGGAUCAAACCGUCCCGGACGUCGUCCCAAGGUGGGAAUUUGGGGACGCCCUUUUCCUGGGAUGGUUCGCUGCGUUUUUCCUCCUCCUGGGGGGCUGCCUUGUCAUCGGCGCUGCCAGUUUCCUAAAGACCCCAAAGGCGUCUAAGAGGCCAGCCAUCUGCCACAAAGCGGAGGUAGCCACGCUCGCCAUCCAGCAGCUGCACUCCGCCCCCAAAAAUGCGGACCUUGUCAUCUGA